AUGAAAGCGAUUGUUUUCUCAGAACAGGGCAGCACGGAGGUACUUCGGUAUACAGAUGUACCGGAGCCAACAUUUGACGCUAACGAGGUACUUGUUAAAGUCGAAACCUGUGCAGUGAACUUUCUGGACAUCCAUGCCCGGCGCAACCGACCGGAGAUCGCAGCGAAACUCAGUCGAGGAGACACCCCGCAUAUACUCGGAUCCGAUAUCGCCGGAACAAUUGCUGAGGUUGGUGAUACGAGCUGCGGUGUUACAGUUGGCACACGGGUUGUCCUCGCGCCGUGUAUUCCGUGCGGGGUCUGUAGUGACUGCCAUCGCGGUGCCGAAAAUUUGUGCGACACGCAGGAACUCAUCGGCUUUCAAACCAACGGUGGGUACGCAGAAUAUGUGAAAGUACCUGCCCAAAACGCGAUUCAGAUACCAGAGACCCUCUCGUUCAUUAAUGCCGCUGCGAUGCCGAUUGCGUAUCUGACGGCAUGGCACAUGCUGAUGACACGUGCCCAGCUUCGCCCUGGGGAGGAUGUCUUAAUUCUUGGGGUAGGUGGUGGUGUCGGAAGCGCGGGACUACAAAUCGCAAAGUUGACCGGUGCAAGAGUCUUGGCGACAGCAAGUAGUGAUGAGAAACUCGCACGCGCACGGGAGAUGGGGGCAGACAUUACGAUUAACUACAAAGACAUAGAUUUCUCAGAAGUUGUGCUUGACGCAACAGACGGGCGAGGGGUGGACGUUGUGCUUGAACACGUCGGUGCUGCGACGUGGGAGCAAAGUAUUGCCAGUCUGGCUAAAAAUGGAAGGCUCGUCUCCUGUGGUGUUACAACAGGCAACAUCGGGACAAUUAACAUCCGAAAAUUGUAUCAGAAACAGCUAACCGUAAUGGGUUCCGCACUCGGCACAGUAACUGAGCUCCGGACGCUUGUCCAUCUCGCUGCACAAGAAAAAUUGGAGCCUAUUAUAGACCGGACUUUGCCGCUCCACCGUGCCGGCGAGGCGCAUUCAUUGUUAGAGAACCGUCAAAAUUUCGGUAAGGUGAUUUUAGUCAAUGCUUAG